AUGAUGAAUAAGGUCUUUGAAGAUCAGCUGGGCAAAAAUGUAGAAGUGUAUAUAGAUGAUAUGAUUGUGAAGUCAUUUGAUAUGAUGAAUCAUGUUCAGGAUCUUGAGCAAACGUUUCAAAAGCUCAGAAAGUAUCGCAUCUGCCUCAACCCGGUAAAGUGCGCGUUCGGGGUGGCAGUUGGAAAAUUUCUGGGUUUCAUGCUAACCCAUAGAGGAAUUGAGGCAAACCCAGAUAAAUGCAAGGCAGUGCUUGACAUGGUUGCACCCCAAAUAGGGGAGGAAGCAAUAAGCGCUGUACUGAUCAAGGAAACAAACGAAGGCCAGGAGCCAAUUUACUUUGUCAGUAGAGCCUUACAAGGUGCAGAGGUCAGGUAUCAAAAGCAAGAGAAUGUGGCUUUUGCCCUACUGGUCACGGCUAGAAGGUUGCGGCCGUAUUUCCAAGGUCACCAAAUCAUCGUCAAAACUAACCAGCCUAUUCGGCAGGUGUUGCACAAACCAGACCUGGCAGGAAGAAUGACUAACUGGGCAAUAGAGCUCAGUGAAUAUGACAUUACGUUUGAAAUUCAGAAAGCAAUCAAGGCACAAGCCUUAGCUGACUUCAUAAUGGAAUUGACACCGCAGAACUCAGAACAUGAGGAACAUGGGGACACAUGGAAGGUCUACGUAGAUGGAUCUUCCAACAAUAGAGGAAGUGGGGCUGGAAUCAUAUUAGAAAGCCCAGAAGGAGUGACCAUAGAGCAUUCUCCGAACUUGGGAUUCCCAACUUCCAACAAUCAAGCUGAAUACGAAGCCCUAAUAGCUGGUUUAAUGCAGGCUAAAGAACACGGAGCUAGGAAAGUGCACAUGUUCAGCGACUCACAGCUGGUAACCUCGCAGAUAGAAGGAAAGUACCAAGCCAAAGGUCCUCUACUGAUGAAGUACCUGAGUCGAGUUCAGGAAAUUAUGGCAGACUUUGAUGAGGUUCGGGUUUCUCACAUCCCGCAAGGAGAAAAUAGCCGAGCUGACAUCUUGUCGAAGUUAGCCAGUACCAAAAAUCCGGGGAAUCUCAGAACUGUGGUUCAGCAAAGUAUAACAACGCCGAGUUGCGUAAUGGUGGUAACCUCUGUAAAUGACUGGAGGAAACCUCUGGUUGAUUAUUUGGAGAAAGGGAUACUGCCAGAGGAUCUCCUGGAAGCCAGGAAGCUGGUCCGAGAUGCGACCCAAUAUGCAAUCGUGAAUGACCAGUUAUUCAGAAAGGGCUUGCAUAAUCCCAUGCUAAAAUGCUUGAACUCGGAAGGAGCCGAGUGCGUUCUUGCCGAGAUCCAUGAAGGAAUAAACGGGCACCAUAUGGGUGGUAAAGCCUUGGCCAGAAAAGCCCUUAGAGCUAGUUAUUACUGGCCGACCAUGGGGGUAGAUUCUAAAGAGCAUGUCAAGAAAUGUGACAGCUGUCAGAAGCACGACAAGUUGAUCCUUUCACCACCGGAAGAACUGAAAUCUAUCUUGGCCCCUUGGCCCUUCUUCAAAUGGGGAAUGGAUCUGCUAAGACCUUUUAAAGCUGCUGAAGGACAACUCAAGUGGUUGAUCGUGGCUGAGGAUUACUUCACAAAAUGGAUAGAAGCAGAACCAGUCACCACGAUCACCUCGGCUAGAGUGCAAAGGUUCUUUGAAUGA